CGAUGGACCGAAUGCAACUUCAUUUCCGAAUUCGUUUCCGACCAACCACCCCUCAACAAUACCCAGCCCAGCAUCGUAAUGUCUGACCAAAUGACCUACCGCUUCCUUGGUAAUACCGGCUUGCUCGUCUCCAAACUCUCGCUUGGUAGCUGGAUUGAUGUCAGCGAUAAGUACACGGUCGACGCCUGGUACGACAUGAUGAAGCUGGCCUUCGAGCGUGGUGUCAACUUCUUUGACAGCGCUGAAGCGUAUGGUGGAGGCCUUGCUGAGAAGAAUAUGGGCGCGGCAAUCAAGAAAGGCACCACGGAAGGAACCUGGAGUCGUGAGGACCUCGUGAUCACCACUAAAAUUUUCUUCGGAACCAAGGACAUCAUGACCAAAUCAGGUCCGAAUGAACAGGGAUUGAGUCGCAAGCACAUCGUGGAGGGCACGAAAGCUUCUCUGAAGAGACUGGAUCUAAAGUAUGUUGACGUCAUUUUUUGCCACCGUCCUGAUCCGUACACGCCCAUCGAGGAGACUGUCCGAGCUAUGAAUUUCGUCAUUGACCAAGGCUGGGCUUUCUACUGGGGUACCAGCCAGUGGAACGUUGCUCAGAUCAUCGAGGCGUGCGAAAUUGCGGAUCGCCUUGGCCUGAUCCGACCCGUCGUGGAACAGACGAUCUACAGUAUCUUGGACCGCAACAAAGUGGAGUUCGAGUAUGUCGAUCUGUACAAGAAGUACAAGCUCGGUCUCACGACCUGGUCCCCUCUUGCGUAUGGCGCACUGACGGGAAAGUACAGCUCAGGAAAUCCAGAGGGGUCUCGCAUGGAGAGCUCGUUGUUUAAGGCUCUUUCACCAGACUUUGCGGAGCGUGUGGCCAAGGCUGACAAGCUAAAGCCUUUGGCGGAGAAGCUCGGCAUCUCCAUGGCAGAGCUUGCCCUUGCCUGGUGUGUCAGCAAUGAGAAUGUAUCCACCGUCAUGAUUGGUGCUAGAACGCUGUUGCAGUUGGAGCAGAACCUCAAGGCCCUUGAGGCACUGAAGAAGAUUACCCCAGACGUGAAGGCGGAGAUUGACUCUCUGAUUCCGUUUGUGCCAGAGUUGUCGAAGCUGGACGGAAGUGCGGCGGUGCGCGAGCAGCACUUAUAACUGCGUCGGAGGUCCUUAGUGGCGUUGCUGAAUAGUGUUUGCUAAGAGCCACUAAGAUUGGACGGCACCGCCCAAGUCUCUAUACCGACAUAUUCGCAUAGAUCUGAACAGCAAAAAGAUCUCAGCAGUGCUGGACUCUAUUCCGAUAAAGGAAGAUUUUGUAAUCACUAGACCUGGAA